CUCUAACAAACAUCCGUUGAAAAUGCCCCCAAAGGUCGAUCCCUCUGAAAUCAAAGUCAUCACUUUGAGAGCCACUGGUGGCGAAGUUGGUGCUUCUAGCGCCCUCGCCCCCAAGAUUGGUCCUCUUGGUCUUUCACCCAAGAAGGUCGGUGAAGACAUUGCAAAGGGAACCGCAGACUGGAAGGGAUUGCGCGUUACAGUUCAGCUGACCAUCCAAAACCGUCAAGCUCAAGUUUCCGUUGUCCCUUCAGCAUCUUCUUUGGUUAUCCGUGCUCUCAAGGAACCCCCGCGUGAUCGCAAGAAGGAGAAGAACAUUAAGCACAGCGGCAACAUUUCCCUUGACGAUGUCAUCGAAAUCGCUCGCACUAUGCGAUACAAGUCUCUCGCCAGAGAGCUUAAGGGUACCGUCAAGGAAAUCUUGGGUACUGCCUUCUCAGUUGGCUGCACUGUUGACGGACAGAACCCCAAGGAUCUUGGCGAUGCCAUCGACGCUGGAGAAGUUGAGAUUCCCGAGAAAUAAACGUAAACGAACCCUGGAAUUACGGGUAAACAUCAUUCAUACAAACUGUAAAACUAUGUGCUAAAUAAAUUCAAUAUGUUCUCUUGCCAUUCAUGAGCUCCUAUUUAUUUGCAAGAAAUAACGGUCAUAGUAGAAUACAAUACUAUUAGUACUCCCUUUCUGUGUUCGCCAAGGUGUGUCUAGUGUCCACCACUACCUUGCACUGACCUGAAUUCAAUAAGUAAGCUAAGCUACAAAUGAUUGCAACAGAAAGUAGGAGUUCAACAUUCGGAUAUGCGUUCGAACCAUUGU